GCAGCCACACAGACAUAGUACCUGCUUCUAUACACACACGUAGUUUUUUCUCUCUCUCUGCACACAGCAUCUAUCUCUCUCCCCCUCUCUCUCUCUCCACUCACGCACACACAAAAAUAGUAACUUCCUCUACACGCACACUCAUCACUACAGACGGGUACACACGCAAACACAGUCACCGUUACAGACACAUACACAGACACAAACAUACACAUCCUUAUAGACACAUACGCACACAGAAAUAGUACCUUCAACACACAUAUACAAAGCCGUCCUUAGACACACACACGCAUAUAUAUACACACAUAUACACACAUACGUUACCUUCCUUCCUUUACAGUCAUUCAUAGACACAGGUCCUUCCUUCCUUCCUCGAUAUACAUUCACACAUUCUACAACACACACACACAUAUAUAUAUAUAUACACAUAUCUAUGUAUAUACACGUCUCUAUCUAUUUACAUAUAUCUAUACAUACAGGGAGAGGACAUCAGUUAUAAACAGACAAUACUAUCAGAUACAAGACACACUGGUGUGUAUAUAUAUAUAGCCAUUAUUAUUAAUAUUACUAUUUGAUAUUAAUAUAUAUAAUAUCCAUAUAUUCCAUAUAUCUAUGUGAUAAUUAUAUCGCGGCGGCAGUGUUUUCAAUGAGGCGAUCCAUAGCUCCCAGCCAAACAGGAGCAGCGAAGAGGACAAGGUUUUUGACACCUUUUAAGGGGGAGAAUGAAGACCGAAAGAAUGUUCCCCUUUUCAACAGAGGUUUGAAUGUUCUGACAAACCCGGACACGGAUCAGAAUGGAGACUACAAAAAUGAUGAGAAUUCCUCUCAAAACAGUUCCUCGCCAGCUUCAAUUCCACGUACGUUUGCAUGUGCGAAAAGUAACCCAUCGAUCGCAUCGAGUCAGUCAACUGGGAAAACACAUUCGGCAGUUUACCAUUCCCCACUGGCUUUAUCGUCGGAAAACAAACAAGAUAAUGAAAGCAAUGUCCAGAAUGGAUCCAAUUCUGCAGCCUCUCCAUCUGUAGAGAAUUAUUACUCUGUAGUUUGGAGCAAACUCUCAAAGAAGAAGCACAAAAAAUGGGAAGGUGAUGCUGUGUUAGUGACCCAUGGACGUAAAGUUACCCUGUAUGAUAUGGAAGGGAAAGAGAUUGGUAAAAUGUCUGGUUAUAAGGAAUCCAUGCUCAGUUCUCUAGAAGAAGAUCACACUUUGACAGUUGGCGGCAAAGAAAUUUUGGUAAUGUCUCGUCUUCCAGAAGAAAGCUUUAAAUCGGGGAAGUGUUUCCUGCCUGGUGGAGGGGCGCCAUCUUCUGCUCCAUCCAAAUCAAAAGAUAUUAUCUCCAGACCUUUUGUCAGUCCUCAAUUAACAAACAAUGCCGCAAACAAUAAUUCUUCUAAAUUUCAAAAGACUACUGCUGAUCAAGUGGACACUUUGGCCCCCAGGCACGAUCCUUUAGCGUUUAAUGCCCUUGUGAUGCCAAGACCAAGCCAGGACCAUCAGUGGCAUCACAACAAGAAUUCCUCAGUUAUAGUUGAUGUUGUUGUUGAUCCCUAUAUCUCCCGCCAUUUACGACCGCACCAACGAGAAGGAAUUGUCUUUCUCUACGAAUGCGUCAUGGGAAUGAGAGAUUUCAAUGGAAACGGAGCUAUCCUGGCAGAUGACAUGGGGUUAGGGAAGACAUUGCAGUGUAUUGGGUUGUUGUGGACAUUGUAUAAACAGGGUCCCUAUGGCGGUAAACCAGUCUUACAACGAAUUCUCAUUGUAACACCAAGUAGUUUAGUCAAGAAUUGGUAUCAAGAAUUCAAGAAAUGGUUAGGGACUGAACGUAUAUCUGUAUUUACUGUUGAAGCUGACAAAAAAAUAGAGGAAUAUUUGUCAUGUCCUAAAUGUCCAGUGUUGAUCAUAUCGUAUGAGAUGUUCCUACGAAAUGUUAAGGAACUGGAGAAAGUGAGUUUUGACUUGGUCAUCUGUGAUGAGGGCCACCGCCUUAAGAACACAUCCAUUAAAACAUCAGCUUUGCUAAACAGUCUCCCUGUUCGCAGACGUCUUGUUUUGAGUGGGACACCGGUGCAGAAUGACUUACAAGAAUUCUUUGCCAUUGUAGAGUUUUGUAAUCCAGGAAUCUUGGGAACUUCUUCGUCUUUUCACAAAAUCUAUGAACUGCCUAUAAUCACAUCACGACAGCCGACAGCAAGCAAAGACGACGUCAACCUUGGUAUGGAACGAGCAGCCGAACUGACUCGGCUCACAAAAUUAUUCCUCUUACGUCGGUGUCAAGAUAUCAACAACAAAUAUCUCCCUCCAAAAGUCGAGCUGGUUGUAUUUUGCCGUCCGUCUAGUCUUCAGUUGACUUUGUACAGACAGAUUCUUUCCUCGCAGAUGAUUCGACGGUUUCUGGCUGGUCAUUAUGAUGGUGCGUCUCAUUUAAUUAGUAUAGCAGCUCUCAAGAAACUGUGCAAUCAUCCAGCAUUGCUCUAUCAGUCACUGGUGUCAAACGACAGUGAUGAAGAUGAGGAAGGUAGCGUCUAUCAAGGUUUAGCAGCAUUCUACCCACAAGGUUAUUCUGUCAAAGACAAGUUACUGGAGCAUGGCAGCAAACUGAAUGUCCUGGCCGCAAUACUCAGUGGUAUAUUUGCAACCACACCCAGGGAAAAAGUUGUACUAAUUGCCAAUCAUACAAAGACAUUGGAUUUACUGUCUGAUUUCUGUGAAUCUCAAGGUUACAAUUGUUGUCGUCUUGACGGACAAACACCCAGCAACAAUAGAUUGAACAUUGUGAAACAAUUUAAUACACAGAACUCCAACCAUUUUAUUUUUCUACUAAGUUUAAAAGCUGGAGGUGUUGGACUGAACCUGGUUGGGGCUUCACGUCUCAUUCUAUACGAUAUUGAUUGGAAUCCCGCUAACGACAUUCAGGCAAUGGCCCGUGUAUGGAGAGAUGGUCAGAAGCGGAAGGUCCAUUUAUAUAGACUUCUUACAACCGGAACCAUUGAGGAGAAAAUCUAUCAACGGCAGAUAAAUAAGCAAAGCCUUAGCGGAGCAGUAAUUGAGUGCCGUGAGAAGGGGAAGGUGAAAUUUUCCCUUGAAGAACUUCGUGAUCUUUUUACACUGAAUGAACAAACCCAAUGUGAUACACACGAUCUGUUGAAGUGUCCCUGUAGAACUGGUGGACAUAUCGAGGAAAUCCCUAACAAACUGACCCCAGUUCGACCAUGUCAACUUGGUGCUGUCCCAGAGACUGAUGUACUGGGAAAGAAAAAUUUAACAAUGGAUGAGUUAAUGGACUGGAAACAUUUAUCUCCUGAGGAAGUUUCCUCUCAUUUAGAAUGGCAUCUUCCUUCAGGACCAGCCGAAGAGAAUUAUGUUACCUUUGCAUUUUGGAGUGAGACCAAAAAUGUGUUUAUCACAGAAGACAAGAGUGUUCUUUAAAAGCACCAAGUUUAGAUGCAGUUGUUUAUUUAUUUUCUUCCAUUUUCUCACUAAAGUUAUUCAAAAUUCUUCAGUGGAAUUAUUUUUUCAUAUGUACAUAGCCAACAACAACAACCACCACCACCAUAUAUGGUAAUAAAUACCCUGCGUUAUUUCA